AUGCAUCUUUCGAACCUCCUCCUAUACCUAGCCUGUGCCUUAGCCUUUAUGGUUAUUAGUGCUGACGCUGCUCUGCUUAAGAGCAAGAUAAGCCAAAGUGGACCUGACUACUAGCUUGGUGGCCAAUACAAUCCAAUUCCAUCAGUUGAAUGCAAGGAUACGCGAAAUAACAAUCAGUUUAAAGUCUUAAUGUAUCACCCAGAUGGAAAGUACUACAAGCAAUGCUAUAAGUCUUUGGCUUGGUUAAACAUGGAUGGGUGUGGAAAAGAUUACUAAUACAUUUUUGUUGUGACAACCGUUUCAACAACAACAGGACCUGCAACGAUGACAGAAUACCCAUAUGUUAUAAAUGGUGGCAAGAUGUACCCGACCUAAAGAAGACCUGGCUUUACUUCACUUAGCCCCUACCUCCAAACAAACAUCAAGAAGUGCAAGAUAUGA